AGAGGCUUUGGCCUGCUUUGGGGACCCCCUGCCUCAGUCAAUGGGGAAGAAGCUACUCGACGGCCUUUCCAGAGGGUGCUUGGUGGCUCGUUCUCCUUGCCAACAGCGCUUGGGGUGCGGGUCCUGUGGCUGAGAAGAGGGAGGAAGAGGCGAGAAUGGGGUUAAGGGUAAUCUCAAAAUAUCAAAAUAAGGGCAUGAAGGAGACUAAGAGGAAGAAUGGGAAUCAGGGCACGUUUCCCAGAGGAAGGAAAAGGCAGCUUGGGGCACAGAGAAAAGUUAGUAAAAGGAAGAUGUGCAUCUUGAACGAUCAGGCGCUAUUGCUGCCACCUAUAAAAAAGUGAGGCCAACGAGGAUUAUGGGGUUUGUAGUUUUACAGGGCGUUCUGGUGGAAGAUGGCGGAAAUAACUCAGCUGCGCAGACGCAGAAGCCGAUUCCAGUUGCGCAUGCGCCUUCUCCCUGCGAGCAGGCCGCCGGUGGGGGAGGAGGUGGAGCUUGUGCGUGGCCUCGCGCCUUUCCCUGGUGGCGGGAAAACUGGCUCGAGGUUCGAGGGGCUUGGAGAAUCUCUGCAUUAGCCCACUCUGCUCCUCGCCCUUAGGUUCUCAUCUCACCAGAAGGUAGCUGGUGCUUCUCCGCUUGCAGCUGAAGGUUCUAGGCGUGGCCAAUCCUGGCACCUGUCGCCUGAGAAGUUUUCUCUUCAGGGUGCCGUCCAACUCUUGACCCCUGUCUUCAGAAUCUCUAACUGCAAACUUACUCCCAACAAACAAACAAAAAUUUCAACAUUCGUUAUUGUGGAAGAAAAUACUUUGUCUGAAACAGAGGAGCAGAGACUUGACUUGUCAGACAGUGACUUCCAGACUUUCCCUUCUCUAUUGAUCAGAGGCAUAAAGAAAAGUGUAGCUUCUGAGCUGAAUGAUGACAACCUUGCAGAGUAAAGAAGAAUGCAGGAAGGGACCAAAGAAAACCUUUGCCCCACCUGCACAAAAACUGCAUAGCCUGAUGCCCUAUAACCUUAACUCAUCGAAGGAGGAGAUCCUAGGGAUCAGUUCCCCAGAGGCAGAGACCAGGCCAAGCCUGCUAAAGGCCAGGUUAGAGAAUAAGAAGGAGAAAACAACCAAAGAGAAUGGUACAGGCAGUGGCCAGGAGAUGAAAGGAAAGGCUCAAGACAGCAAGAAAGCAGAGAAGAAAGGAAAGGGAAAAUCAACUCUUACCAAUGCAGAAUUUGAGGAGAUUGUCCAGAUUGUGCUACAGAAGUCCCUCCAGGAGUGCUUGGAGACUUCCUGUGCCCAGCCUACAAGAUGUACCCAUUUAGACAAGGAACCAGGAAUUGCUUCUUCUACUACUGAUAAUAAUAAUGCUGAUGGAGAGAGGAUAGUGGUACCGCAUAUUCUAGAGAUUUCAGCCUCUCAGGAAGGUGGAGUAAUCCCUGAGAUAAAGACAUCUAAGCCAGGCCAGCCAGAUCCUGCACGCUCUGAGAAGAAAUUCAGUAAACUCUUCUUAAGCAAAAGAAAGAAAGCCGCUCAAGAUGAGAAAAUGGAGAAAGCCCAAAAUGGACAUGAGCACAGGCAGAAAGACCAACUGAAGAAAACAGUUCAGGAUCAUUCUCAGAUCAGGGACCAACAAAAAGGAGAGGGAAGUGGUUUUGGUCAAUGUCUAGUCUGGGUCCAGUGUUCCUCCCCAAACUGUGAGAAAUGGAGGCGGCUACGUGGGAACAUUGACCCCUCAGUCCUCCCAGAUAACUGGUCCUGUGACCAGAAUACAGAUUUGGAGUAUAAUCACUGUGAUAUCCCUGAGGAGACCUGGACAGGGCAUGAGAGUGAAGUGGCCUAUGCCUCCUACAUCCCAGGAUCCAUCAUCUGGGCCAAGCAAUACGGUUACCCCUGGUGGCCAGGCAUGGUAGAAUCUGAUCCUGACCUGGGGGAAUAUUUUCUUUUUGCAUCUCAUCUUGAUUCCCUGCCGUCCAAGUACCAUGUGACAUUUUUUGGAGAAACAGUCUCUCGUGCUUGGAUCCCAGUCAACAUGCUAAAGAACUUCCAAGAGCUAUCCCUGGAGUUAGCUGGAGUGAAAAAGUGCAGGAAUAAGGACUGCAGCCAGAAACUGGGGGCAGCCCUGAUGAUGGCUCAAGAGGCAGAGCAGAUCAGUAUUCAGGAGCGGGUUAACCUGUUUGGUUUCUGGAGCCGAUACAGUGGAUCUGACAACAGUGGGGAAGGAAACGACGUAAUGCUCUCUGGGGCUAACAGCUUAGAUUCCUGCUUGGAGAAAGAAGAGGAAGAGUCAGAGUUGGAGGAAGAGGAGGAAGAGCAACAGAAAAAAGAUCCAACUUUGCCUGGUCCCAAGCCAGCCAAAAUUCAGACAAAAAAACCCAAGGCAAGAGGGGUUGGGGGUGAUGCAGGUGGAGCACGUGGACGAGACGGGACCCCGCAAAGGAAGACAAUGAAGAGAUCUCUGGGAAAUGAAUCUGCAGCUCCACCUUUACCCAUAAUGGGAAGGAAAAAAGGGCAUGGGAAUUCAGAACCUGAGCAGCUAGGCCCUAAGAAAAAAUUUAAAGCUCCCCAAAGCAAGGCCCCAGUAAGCAGCUCAUCUGAGGAAAAAGAAGCUAGAUUAGUGCCAGAGGUCCUGAGCCCACCAGCUCCUCCCGGGGCCUGUCCCAUGGUGGGGAAAGAAGGGCCUGCACCCCAGGAGCCACGGCCUCAGGAGGCUGGAAGUGUCCUCUGUGACGAUGGAGCCUCCAGUGAGCUGGGCCUGGAGCAACUCGUGGAGGACGUUGGAGCAGAGCUGGGGCAGAGGGAGGCGCCACGGCGCAGCGACGGUGCAGGGGGGCUCGCCGCGGCCGCCUGCGAGGAGUAG